CAUAGUAGCUUCACUAAAAAAUGCAUGAUGAAAUGGAUACAUAGUUUUCAUGCAGAGAGAGAGUACUUUUAAAUCUUUUUAUAGAAUAUGAGACAACUAUAAAAAGAUAUCUAGCAUUAUAUCUUAGGUACAUGUAUAAUAUACCAAUUUGAUGUGCGCCUAAGUAAAUCUUUUAGGAUUGUCAAUUGGCCAAAAUAUAUUGGACAAUAAUCAAAAGAAAGCACUUUUAGUUGGUUAACUAUUAUAAACUAUUGAAAUUAGAAUGAAACUAUGUAGUUUCAAAAUUGGAGAAGACCACUUGCGAAGAAAACUAUAAUAUAAAUGUGAAUUGCAAAUAUAAAUCCAAUUUUCAAACAAAAUUCACCAAUAUAAAUCUGAAAUUUGAAUUGUCUACGUUUUCUAUUAAAACCCAGCGUUUAUCCUUUAGCCAUCAUACGUCUCAAACAAUACCGUUUCAUCAAUAAUUCUAAAACCAUUCAUACUCAUACCAAUCAACUCUAUUAAGCUCAAACCAAUUCGGUCUAAUACGUAACAAAAAAGUUGUACUUCAUAUUUACGAUACCAUGUCUCCUUUCCAUGUCCCUUGGUGAAGUCAAUAUCGUCCCACCAACUGACCAUUAUUGUGCAAUAGUUAAAAUCUACCCCACGCGAUCUUGCCACUGGAGGAGCAGUUUCUGCCAUCGUAAAAAGCAUUGCGUCCUCUCGCUCCAUCCUUUACCAAAUUGUUGCCACUGACGCUCUCUCCAAACAUUGUCCUUACAAGUGUAAAUUAGACCAGUACAAUGAUACACAAAGAAAGACAUGAAAGAAGUGGGAGAACACUUAUCAUCGAAGAAAUUAUGCGAUAAUCAACCAUAGAACGCAUUUGUGACUUAAAGAAGAAGGGUCAGUUUGUUGAUGGUGUAAGGACAGUCUGCUUCAGGAAGCGCUAGAAUUAGUGGAAGAAAUUGAAAGGAGAGGCUUUACUGUUGAUUUAAUUACUGUAUCGUCACUUGUGAUUGGGCUGUAUAAAGGUCGGUGGGAUUGGACGGACAAGCUCAUGAAGCACAUUAGAGAUGGUAACCUAGUGCGGAGUGUUCUUAAAUGGAAGGUUGAUAUGGAGGCUUCACUGAAAAAUCCGCAGAGAAAUAGAAAGGAUUAUACACCAUUGUUCCCAAGUUAAGGUGACUUGAGCGAGAUUAUGAGUUUAAUAAAGUCUGCUGUAUCAACAAUGGAUGCAGACCUAGAUUCAGAGGCUGCCAGGGCUAAAGAAGAUGAUAAGAAUUUGUCCACCGAUGAGGAUCAGUGGUCAUCAUCUCCACAUAUGGAUGAAUUGGCUCAUCAACUUAAGGCUGCCGAUCACUCCUCGCAGCUGUUUUCAUUGUCCAGGGGGCUAAGAGUUCAAGCGAAAGGGGAAAGCACUUUUGAUAUUGACAUGGUUAAUACUUUUUUGUCCUUAUUCUUGGCCAAGGGAAAGCUGAGCAUAGCAUGCAAAUUUUUUGAGAUUUUCAGUGACCUUGGUGAAAACCCCGUGAGUUAUUCCAUGAUGAGUUCGUUUGUCAAGAAGGGCUACUUCAAUGAGGCACGGGGUGUACUCAAUGAAAUGGGAGAAAAGGUUUGCCCCACAGACGUAGCUACAUACAAUGUGAUAAUUCAAGGCUUGGGGAAGAUGGGUAGAGCGGAUCUGGCGAGUUCUGUCCUAGAUAAGCUAAUUAAGCAGGGUGGUUAUCUUGACGUGGUUAUGUACAACACCUUGAUUAAUGCACUAGGGAAGGCUAGCAGGAUUGAUGAAGUAAACAAGCUCUUUGAGCAGAUGAAGAGUAGUGGAAUAAAUCCUGAUGUUGUCACUUUUAAUACACUUAUUGACGUUCAUAGCAAAGCAGGUCCGCUAAAAGAUGCAUAUAAGUUUUUGAAAAUGAUGCUCAAUGCAGGCUGCACCCCGAACCAUGUUACUGACACGACUUUAGAUUUUCUGGGCAAGGAGAUUGAGAAAAUGAGGUACCAGAAGGCAUCCAUGGUGCGCAAUAAGGAUGACUGACCUUGAUAAGAAUUUGUACACUUCAAUUCAACUGUAGUUCAACCUGCUAUGGCUUUCAGCUCAUAAAUGUUAAAUGAAAAUUUGAAGGCCAAAAGUGUAGUCGUGUGUUGAGGUGCCUUUUCGACCUAUAAUCAUGUCAUGCUCAGCUUCGGUCAUUUCUCAGGGUAAUUCGAAUUGCUAGAGGUGAAACUCCAGGUCAGUACCUACUAAACGGUUAGAAUGUAAUGUUACUAGAAUAUUUGUUUUUCUUCCAAAACUCAGAAAUAUAUAAUUGAGCUUUGUUAAGCUAGAAGGUAGAUUAUUUGAUUCUGGUAGUGAUUUAUGCAAAAAUUUGAAUGAUAAUGUUACUACUGCGUAUUAGUUUUC